AUGGGCCUAAGCAACAUCAAUCCCAAGCAUGUUACAUAUCCAAUGAGGCUCGGCUCGGAUGGAAAGUAUCUGAAGCCAAUCUUCGGCGAGGAAGAGAUCCCAAUGUUCCAAAGCGUCACACAUAUGGAGUGCUUCCCUUACCGGUAUUGUUUCUUCGUCAAGAGCCUCCCCCCGCGUCCUUGGCCUCUCACAGUCAACGGACGUCCAUUUACAAUAACACCCAAGACUCCAGAAGACUUGUCUCUCACACCUAUCAGGGCAUCAAACCCCAAGAUAUUUGUUGGGAACCCGGACCUACGUAUUUGCGUCAACAUCGAUGCACGCCAAGAUCCUUUCCAGGAGUCCUCGCUGCGAGCGAUGGUUCGAGAUGUAACUGAGAUGUUUUCCAGUCAUCCAACCUAUCCGAAAGUUAUGGAGGUCAUGCUGACCAUGGACCAAAAGAUCGUGAUACUAGUCUCGAGCGAUGGUCCGACUGGCACUCAAGACAGCUCACCGAAUCGCCGGUGGCCUGGUAAUGCCCCCAAACUACCCCUAUUCCCUGGAACGAGCGUUCGUGGUUCCCAAGGUACUGGGAACCCGGAAGGGAGAAGGAAUGCACCGCACUUUGCAGUCAAUGUAUCUAGUGGCGUUCUCAUCAAGAACCAAGAGGACCAACAUAUGAUGACCACGGCAGGGCGUAUUGUUCGCCCAGGAGAAGUUGUAGGAACGAGGGUGUUCUUCUUCCAAAACAGAAUUGGAUUGGCUGUAGAUGUGGUCCCGGGCACAGAUGUUGCUCUGGUAAAGCUAGACGAUGCUAUCAAUUACAAGAACCAGGAUGGAACUACGACAUUUACGCGGCUACUGGGCAAGGACCCAGAUGAUGCGCUUCCAUGGAACUCUAUUGUCAGUCUUGCUACACGCUGGCCUCCUUAUACUAAAGGUAUAAUCGUUGCAAAGUCAGUCAGAGUCGUGCGUCAUACUGCCACUACUCACUAUCGAGUCUACCACUGGGCUUGGACUGGCCAGCCGGGGAAUGAAAAAGGACCGAACCCUGCGCCAAGGGACCCAAUGAUUGGAGCUGCGGCGAUCAGUGAGACCGGAGUUGUGACAGGACUGCUUCAUUCCAACGAACACGGUCUUCGGGCAGGCUACUCUAUCAUGUUGAGUGCAAGUGAACUGGUGUAUGUCGGUUACAGUUUAGUGACUUGA